CCCCUCCCUCCGGCCCUGCCAUUCAAAAGCGCCUCUGGAUUCUCCCCCACAACCUUCUCUGCUCCGAGGAGGAGACAGAGGCCGGAGAUGGGUUGGUGUUGAACAGGCUGCCGCUUCUCAGGUGUUUACAGCAAGCCCUCCAUGAACAUCACCCCCACUGAAGUGAAGGAAGGUGGCUCAGUGGUUGUUUACUGCAAGCCCACCAAGGACCAGUUCGAGGUAUGGGUGCUGAUCAAGGGGGAUCCCGACACAGAAAACUUCGUGGUGGAGCAAAGAGAAAAGGACUUGGAGCACCAGAUAGAGAACAUAAACCCGAGGCAUUUCGGAGUGUACACGUGCUACAGCCAUGAUGAGGGAAAUCCGUACCUGUGGUCCCACCCCAGCGACCCUGUGUCCAUCGUCCAGAAUAACCUCACUCCCAGGUACUCUCCUGGAAUCCCUCUCGCCUCGGUGGUCCUGGCCCUGAUUCCCUUGCAGAGCUGGUGGGUGUAGGCCUGCCCAGGCCAGGACUAGUACAUGAAUGGAGCAGCCGGACCAACGGGACUCCCUCCCCCAACCCGACUCCCCAAAACAGGCUAAAUAAAGUGCUUCUGAUCAUGCUGUGUGGUCUUCGUGUCCAGGAUGGGGGACAAGGAAACCUCCCACCAAGAUGGGGCGCCUUUAUGGGACAGCUCUGACUCUCCCUUCUUCCCAGGAGGACAGCUCCCAGGGAUCCAGGUGAAGCAGUUUGUAGAAGAAUUAUGGAGUCUCAGAGGGUGGGAAGACAGAGUAAGUCAGCAGUGUCCUAUGACAGGCAGAGGACAGAUUGCAGCUACCGUGCCUGGAGCAGCAGGUACAGGCAGGCUGGGCCCCAGUGAAGAGAUGGACAAAAGAGAAACUGAGGUCUUCUGCAAGCAAAGAACCGUUAACAAAGCUGGUCAGAGACCCCAGAGAAAGGGGGGCCCUCUCUUGUCACACAGGGAGGGAGGGGGAUGUUACAAUUGGCUAUACUGAGAAAAGCGGGUUGGCAUGCAGCUGUGGCCCAUCACAGCGCUCUCUGACAACAGAAACGUUCAUCUUGUCCCCUCGGAGGAAAUCAAACCUCCCCAACUGCACAAGGACAGACAAGAACAGAAGGCUUGCCAGGGCAGGGGAGGGAGGGGGGCACCAGCUUCAGCCGCUUGGGGCUUAUGGACGUUCCUAGGGCUCAGGUGCAGAGAUCACAGCAGAGGAGAGGGCAGUGUCCUUGGAAUCAGCAGGACCUGACUUCAAAACUCUCACUCCUGGCGUGACCCGAGAAGAUGAGUGGGGUAGACUUGAAUGUGCCUGCUGGCCCUCCACCUCUGAUUAACUGAAGGGAUGGAGAUGUGGAGCUCGAAGAAGAGAAGGCUCGUGGAAAAGGAAGGCAGGAAGGGGUCCUAUCAGAUCCUCACAACGACCCUGUGAGAACUUGGGCCCUUUUGGGAGCCAGACACAGAGCCCAGCUGGAACCAUCUGGUCACGUGGGGAAGGAUGGGCCAAUAGGCGAGCGACUUCGGCCCCGCCUCGCGGGAUCUUCCUGGGCGUCAACACUUUCCCGCCUACCCUGGGACCCAGCUCAGGACCAUGGGCAUCAGCCUGUUCUUCCUGCUCUGCCAUGGGUUCUCUCUCACAGAGCUGUGCCAGGUCUGGGAGGGCAUCCUAGGUCUACAGGCGCUCCCACCCCCCAGGAUUUUCUUGGAGCCCACGUUUCCGGUAAAGCUCGGGGACUUGGUGAAGUACGAGUGUGUGGGGGCCUACGGCUCAUUGCAGUGCCUCCUACUCCGAGUGGAUCGUCCAGGAAUGAGUCCUAGGGUGGUGUUCCGAGAGGAUGCCAUUUGGGAAGGAAGGGUAGGCUGGUUCUUCAUGGACAACGUCGCCGCCCAGCACACGGGGAUCUACACCUGUGUCUAUUACUUCAACGGGUUCUAUUCCAAGAACAGUAAUGAGCUGCCACUGAUCAUAAGAGAGAAGUGUAGCAUCCAGAACGAGAAAACGCCUGCCCUCUGCCCUGGUCAGGGCCCAUCCAGGUCUGCAGAGAGGCCAGAGGACAGCGGAGUGCUUGAGGCUGGGUGGAAGGACCCACAGGUGCCGAGCCUGCAUUGGAAAAGAAGACGCUGGGGAGAUGGGAGCUGUCUGCCUCCAAGGGGAUGGCUUCCCCUUCCUGGAAGGUCCUCGGGCAGAAACGGGGCUCUCCCAUCUGCUGCCACCCCCCAUCAGCCCAGGAAGGGACGGGCCGGGCCCAGAGCAAUAGACUUGGGCUGGGCCUCUUGGAAGGAGGAACCUCUUAAAAGCCAGUCCCAGGGAAGCUGCACUUCACAUGGCGUCCUCCCCCCCAGACUUGCUGACCCUGUGCUUCCAACACACCCCUUUCCCCUUUCUGUGCCUCAGUUCCCCUCUCUGUAAACUGGGACCAUUAUGAGUCCCUUCUCUCCUUGGGUCUCGGCUCCCCUGACUUGGCUUUGGAAGGUGUGCCUGGGCCUUUUCUGCUUUGUCCAGGGGUGCUGCCCGACAUCCCAGCAUCGAGGCCUGCACCUCCAGGCUGUCCCACCAUCACCCCACGCCUUCCUCCACCCAGCUUAGCCCCAAGACAGGGGAAGGGCCAGGUGUCACAACCCUCUCUCCAGGCCCCAGGGAGAAGGGGCCUGCGCCCCUCAGCUGGCCCCCCACCCCCUGACCUCUGAGUCUCUCCUGCAGAUGUCUUAGAGAGCCCCUUCCUUUGGGUCUCUCCCUCCACCUCAACCUUCUUUGGCCAGAGCUUGACCUUCCACUGUAACUCCACCUUAGCC